CUGCGUCCCAGUCCAGACCCCAGCAGAGUGCAUUAGCGGUAAUGAUAGAUCGCACAGGCAUUCACUGGCAGGAUGCGGAGAGGGUGAAACAAUAAUAAUUUAACAGCAAGUGACCCCCUUCACUUUUCAGAGAUUGUACACUGGGUGCAUGGUGAGAUUGUGCGCUGCACUGUGCUUCCAUUCAGAUACGCACUGGAAGGAGUAUGUGCCACAUUGUUUCCGUGUGUGCGUGUGGGUCAUUGAUGUGAGUGUGUGUAGUGUCUAGGUAGCGACGCUCCCCGCGGAUGUUUGAACUUCGUGCCUGAACCUAUAACGGAUGCGUCACGUCGGCUCUGUCAUGCGAAUCCCCCCGCACGCACGCUCGCUCCCAAGACGACAACGACUCCGUGACUCUCCAUUUGAGCUGGUGACGCUGCUCGCUCUCUGGCGGUAGAACGGGAUGUUUGGCAUUUGUACCGAUUUGUGCUCGCACGGUGCGUCUUCUGUGAGAUGGACCGAGGAGAGGACCAGUGACCAAACAUGCCUACAGUCCUCCGCGACAAGGGAAAACUUUCCGACGUCUGUUUAUUGCUUCGAUGUGCUUUCCAGGACAUGAACCACUCCUGGCUGUCCCAGCAACCCUCAGGAGGUGGCCAGGCCCAGUGCUUCCUCUACAACCCUAAAGACGCAAAGCAGCACACUACUCAGCACAAACAACGUAUGUAUUCACAGUCUAAGCUCGGGGGGAUGACCCACCCUCACCUGGCACCUCACAAAUCCAUGCUCGCUGAUGACUUGAAGCUCAGCAGUGACGAUGAUGAUGCUGACAAGGGCCCUGAACAGUCAGUCCCCUGGGUUGGUAACAACAGUCUGUCGGAGCAGCACACACACACACAUGGUGGGAGGGUGAGACAUUCCAGCUCAGACUCUUCAGGCUCAGACUCCUACAGUGAAUUGGAGGAGGAGAGCAGUAGCCAGCGCUCCCUUAGCCCAAGCCCAGAAACACACUCCGAUCCUGGGACACCCACCGACGCUCAGGCCCUUGGCUGCACCAAGGAGAUAUAUCACCCCUCCACCACUCAGUGGCAGCUGGAUAAGUGGCUGAAAAAAGUCCCCAAAAAAUUAACUUCCUGCAACCAGGAUCCCAGCAAUCACGACCACGCCCAGAGAGCUACAGAGCACCGGUCGCUCUCCCCAGACCCCCACAGAGCCACAUCUCCAUCCAGACCCUGGGGGAUCAGAGAGGACUACAGCCCCAGCCAGAGCCCUGUUCCCAGCCCGCGCUUCAACUACAGCCCCAGGCAUAGCCCUCGGCCUAGCCCUGGCUACAGCCCCUGCACCAGCCGCUGUUCCAGUCCUUGUCCUAGCCCCACCCCAAGACACAGUCCCAUCCCUAGCCCGGUCCCCAGUGUCUGUCCAAGCCCCUUCCCAAGCCCCAGAGCCACUUGCAGCCUUAGUUCCAUUCCCCAGCACCCCCCUAGGAGUCCUAGUCCUAGCCUUACUCAUUCUAGCCCCCGCCGCUAUCCUCAGGUUCGGAGUCCUCAUCAAGAAAGCCACAGGACUCCCACGUGGCCUAGCCUAACAACCAGCCCAAGCCAUAGACCCAAAAUCAGGCCCUGGAUUGCCCCUGUACCCAGCACUGAGCCCAAGAGCAAGCCAAGACACAGUCCAUAUCCUCAGCCUCCGCCUCAGCACAGCUCCAGGCCUAAAUCCACACAGAGCCAGUCUGUUCCCACUCCCAAGACCACAGCCAAGGCAGCCCCUGCUCUGACCACUGAGCUGAGCCACAGGCACAAACACAGACCCAGGCCUAGUCCCAACUCGAGUCCCAAGCUUCAUUCCCAGCCUAGCUUGAAACACGCACUCACUCUAGCCCCCAAAAGCCAACACCUAUCCAACCCCAGGCCCAGUAAUGGGCCUAGUUUGACAACCAGACUCAGUACCCGUCUCAGUCCCACACCCAGGGCCAAGACCUUACCCACCACAGACCCUAGCAGAGAGACCAGCAGCAGAGUUAGUCACUGUUCCAAAUCCAGCCCAAAGCCACAUUCUCUGCCUAACUCCAAAGCUAGUUCUGAGCCUCGCGCUAAAUCCAGCCCCAGCCCUAGACCCAAAUACAAGUCCUGGGCCCCUGCUCCCCACUCAAAGCUUCCACAGAGGAAGCCCCAAUCUAAGGAGAGAGAACAGGAGGUGGACAACCGGAGAGAGACCCAUGCACCAAAGAGGAAGGUAGAUAGGCAGACAGAGGGAAAGGGGCAACAUGAGGUAGAGAGACAGACAGAAAAACAAGGAGAGAGGCAGGGGAAGAAACAGAAGGAAAGAAAGGGGGAGAGACAGGGAGAGAGAAGACUGGCGGAGGAGCAGUUGCUUAGACGCCCCUGGGUCCAGAUCUCAGAGGAAGAGGAGGAAGAGGAAGUAGAGGAGAGAAAGAGGAGAAGGGAGGAGAGCGAGAAGGAGGAGAAGUGCAAGAGGAGGUGGGAGGAGCAGCAGCAGAGAGGUGAAUGGCAAGCGGUCCAGCCCAAGCAGAGACCUCACACCAACAGCGAGCGCCUCCACCAUCCCAUCGACCCACAACGCCACGGGACCAAGAAAAAGAGGAGGAGGAAGAGUGAGGAAGAGAGACAGUCUCAGCCGGACCCUUCCCCUCCACCGUCACCCUCCUCCCCCACUCCUGUCGUCCCACCCACAGACUCCUCCUCCUCUUCAGAGUCCGACUCGGAGCCCGAUCUGCCUCCCAACGUCACCAAAGUCCCGGCCGACUCCACAUCAAGCCAGCGUCCCAUCCCCAGGAGAGGGUACCAGGGCCCGGGGAGGCCCGCGGAUAGCAGGCCCAGAGUGCUCUACCCCAGGCGCACCACCGCAUCCAACCCAGGCCAGGGGCACCAAAUCCAAGGAAAGCAGAAACUCUACACCCUGGUUCCGUUUGGACGUCGUGAGCUGGCCGCAGCCUCCCAUCGAGGCCUGAGAAACUUGGUGGUUCAGAUAGACCUCUCCCUGCUCAACAGAGUGCCUGAUACUACGACAGGCACCCCAGCCUCUCACAAACACUCUUCCUCCUCCUCUGCCUCUUCCAAGCAGAAAGAAGCCAUGAGACACCUGUGCAUCCCCGAGACAGAGAGAGGAGACAGCAAGAGGAAACGCAAGUCAGAGAAUGGAGUCCAGCACCACAGAGAGAGUAAGAGGAGCAACUCCCAGACCAACGGCCCCUUUGCCCACACAGAGUCGCACAGACGUCUAGACCCUCACUCAGACACCAGACACAACGGGUUCUUGGAGGACUAUCUGGACAGUACCCCUCUCUCUGACACCGCCGACCCCACCAAGCCCCCCAUCAAAACACAGAACCCAGAGCCUAAGAUGGAGGUUGAGUGUUGUGUUGGGGUGUCAGGGCAGCCUCGGCCCGAGUGUGAACCAUGGGGACCUCCUUUACAACGGGCAGGGGGACAGAGAGGAACCGUAACCAACCAUGAACCCCCACAUCAUGCUGAGUACUACAUGCAUGAAGCCAAGAGGAUGAAGCACCGUGCAGAUGCCAUGGUGGAUAAGCUGGGGAAGGCAGUGAACUAUGUGGAUGCUGCUCUCUCCUUCAUGGAGUGUGGAAAAGCUAUGGAGGAGGGACCACUGGAGGCCAAGUCUCCCUAUACCAUGUACGCAGAGACAGUAGAGCUCAUCAGGUACGCCAUGAAGCUGAAGAGCCACUCUGGCCCAGGGGCUAGACAGGAAGACCAACAGUUGGCCGUACUGUGUUUCCGGUGCCUUGCUCUCCUAUACUGGCAGAUGUUUCGUCUAAAGAAGGAUCACGCCCUGAAGUAUUCCAAAGCUCUAUUGGACUACUUUAAGAGUUCUCCAAAAGUGCCUACUACUCCCCCAAUCUGGAGCGACUCGGGAAAGGGCACAGGGGGACCUCCCUCGUCCCUCUCCCCCAGCCCCUCAUCCCUCACCCUGGGCUCUCACACUGGCAGCUCCCCCUCCUCCCUCAUCAGCAUUCCCCAACGUAUCCACCAGAUGGCAGCAAACCACCUCAACAUCACCAACAGUGUCCUCUACAGCUAUGAGUACUGGGAGGUAGCAGAUAGCCUUGCCAGAGACAACAAGGAGUUCUUUCACUACUUGAACACCCUGUCGGGGCCAUUGACUCUCCACAGUAGUAUUGCUCAUGCAGUCCAGUACACCAGACAGGCUCUACAGUGGAUACGCAUCAGUGCCAAUGUGGGUUAGUGGAGGGAGGGGCGAGACCAUAGAGAAUGAUAGAGAAAGCAUCCCUAUAUAGUUCCCAUUAUGGCGUCUGUGAGCGCACCGGCAGCGCUAUCUCCAUUUUUAAGUAGUCAAUUUUAUUCUUCACAAUUGGCUGAUCCCUCCUGAUGAGCUGGUUGGACAUGACUCCAACAGGAAGUUGACUGUCACCAAGUUGACUGCAUUAAAAUGGUGGAAGCCCUCACUGCUGCUCCCAUGCUGACAUGGCAUUUUGGCCACUGGAGGCCUCUAUCAUUCUUUAUGGGUGAGACCCAACAACCUGGCCUAAGGGAAGGAGGGAGAGAGGGACACAAGUGAUGAGAAAUUGAGGAGUCCCCUUGUAUUCUACGUUUUAAGGAUUAGUACUUCAAUUCUCAGCAUGUAUCAUAAAUUAUGGAUUGGAUUUAUACACAGUAGCGCCUUUCCUGGUGCUCAAAGUGCUUCACUUUGUGUGGGGAGAAGGUGUUGUUAAUCCUACAAACAGGCAAAGGAACUGUUUUAGUAUAUCUUUACUCUUCCUCUUGGGAUUCUCUGUGCAGAUCUUUAAAGUUCCACAUGGAUUCAAUGCCUUCAAACUCGCUGCUUUACCAAACGUGCCACAUAUGUAAUGACAAAAAUACACACAGCAACUGUCUAAAAAGGAAAUGGAAGAGAAACAUCAUACAGUGCACCUGUGAGGACUUUAUGAUUUCUCUACUGUACAAAAGGACAACAGACAUAUGACCUGGACUACAUCUCCCAUUGGCCUCGCCAGGACUAAUGGUUUCAUUAGGGGAAAGGUGAAGUUGGGAUUUUGAGUUUUAUUUUGGACUGUCAGACCCCUCAUCCUAAAAUGUAGACCAAGUUACUGGUAGCUUUUCUGUAUGACUACACUGUGAGAUGGCUCUUUUAAGAACAUUUAGAGAUGCCUUUCACUUUUUGAUGUCUUUUUAUGUGCAAUAGGUGUGUCAGAUUAUUUGUUUUUAACAAAAAUACCAAAACAAUAGGUUUUGAUUUGGUUUUGUUGCCAAGUGGAUGGCCCAGCAUUCAUGUUCCUGUCUAUGCAAAAUUAUUAUUUAUAAUAUGGUGUAAUGUAAUUAUCAAAAGUUGCAUACCGAAUUGUAUUUCAUAAAUGUCUUUUUGAUAUUGCAA